AUGGCCAAAGUACAAGCUUUCAUAACCCUAGUUUAUUCCUUAGCAAGACAAGCUUAUUCAUUGCACACGGCUAACACCACUCCUACGGUGUCCUGCAAUCACUUAACAUUGCCGUCACUACCAGGUCUCGAGAUCUCCAGCAUUCAAGCCUUCACUGCAUACAACUGCACCAAUUCUCUUGCUCCCGGCCUAUCGCUUCACAUUUGCAAUAUCAGUGUGAGCUAUAAUCACCAAGGAGAAGAUGACAUCACCUGGGUCAAUGCCACUGGUGGCGGAGGUCUCGCGGCCGGACUCGGAGCUUACUAUCUUCUCGGCGCAGCCCCCUACGGGUACGCCACAGGGACGACAGAUGGAGGACUAACUUUGAACAACACAAUUGACCCUCAGACUGGUCAGUGGGCACUGAAAAAGGACGGGUCUCUCAACGAAAGUCUCGUCAAGAACUUCGCACAUAGGGCUAUCCAUGACAUGGCCGUGAUUGGCAAGGCACUGACACAGACAUUCUAUGGGAAGUCUCCAACCUACUCGUACUACACAGGCUGCUCAACUGGUGGACGUCAGGGCUAUUUUGCUGCCCAGGUAAACCCGGAAGAUUUUGACGGUAUCAUGGCCAAUGCUCCUGCGCUGAACUCGCCUCAGAUCUCACCCGGUGAUUUUUGGCCGUCUGUGGUUAUGCAUAACUUGGGAGCUCCGCCUCAAUGCGUUUUUGAUGCAUACUAUAAUGCCACCCUCGAGUACUGUGACCCUCUUGAUGGGGCCAAAGACGGACUUAUUUCAAACCUAGGAGCCUGCGACUAUGAUCCGCAAUCCCUUGUCGGGAAAAAAAUCAACUGUGGGAGUCAGACUAUCACAAUAUCAGCAACUUUCGCAGAUGUCGUUUCUCGCAUCUGGGCGGGCAGCACUUCGAGAAAUGGGGAAGCCUUGUUUCCAGGAAAUCCUCGAGGUGCCAACUUCAGCGGCCUGGCAAACACCACCACAGCAAAUGGCGUCAUAGUGCCUGUUCCCUUCUCAGCUGCCGAGGCUUGGAUCAAUUACCUUGUGGUGCACGAUCCCAGCUACCCUGCGAGGAAUAUGACAUUCGCCGAUUUCGAUUACGUGUUCGGACAGUCAGUGAUCGAGUUCUCCGGUAUUCUGGGCACAUUGUCACCAAAUCUGUCGCAUUUUCAAAAGCGCGGUGGGAAACUGCUGACAUGGCACGGAUUGGCGGAUCAAAUGAUCACGCCUUACAGCACUAUGUUGUACCGUUCGGCCCUUUCGCGCGAGAUGUCUCUCACUCAGGCCCAGCUGAACCACUUCCACCGAGUCUUCUUCGCCCCGGGCGUGGCGCACUGCGCUGGCGGUAUAGGGCCGCUGCCGACAGACCCUCUCGCCGUACUGGUGAGCUGGGUAGAGUCUGGCAAAGCCCCGGACACGUUGCCAGCAGCUAUUGCUACCUCUCCAUCUAGCAACAUCACGCGAAACUUGUGUCCAUACCCCCAACUCCUCACCUAUGACGGACACGGUAAUGUCAACGAUGCGAGCAGUUUCUCCUGCAUCUAG